CCAAUUCCCAAAGGACAUUUUUACACAGGUGGAGGGAUCCAGUCAAAGAUGAUGACCGAUCUCCCCCCACCACACACACGCACACACACAAUCCACCUCACGCCCACGCACCCACCCACCAGCAAAGCAUAAUGUUGUGCUAUUUUUGGUAACAAGAAGAGGGCCUCCCCUCAGACGAGAGAGAAAGGGAGAGCGCCGUGUAUUUUCUCAGUUGCGUCACUUUGCAACCUAAAGCUGUGUUGUGCUCAGUGUUUCUUUGCGGUGAUGCAAGCCCUCUUCUGCUUCUACAGCUGGUUGGAUUUUCCUCCUCCCUGCCUUCACAGCACCUCGCAGGUUCCCUCUCUGAGAGCACUACGCUGCUUGAGUGAAUAGAAAGAAACAUACAGCUCAGCUGCAGGUUUUCCAGCUACAAAAAGAUAAAGAGAGAGAGGAAACAUUCAGAGGGAAAGAGACAGAAAAGAGCUGGAGAAAGAGAGAGAGAGAAAUAUAUUGCUGUGUCUUAACAAGAAAGACAUUCAACGGCUGAAUAAAAAGGUGCGGGGGGAAAACCCUGUUCAUGUUUUGGGAUAUCAUUCUUUCAACUGGCUGGAACCAGAGUGGAUCAAAAGAAUGGGAAAUGCCAGCAAACCCUUUAGAAGAACUGCUUCUUUCCUAUGCUUUUUCUCUGUACUGUUGCUGACUGAAGGGAGCAAGACAGGGAAGACAACAUGUCCAGCUUGGUGUAUUUGUACCAAAGAUAAUGCUUUAUGUGAAAAUGCCAGAGCUAUUCCGCGCAGCGUUCCACCUGACGUUACCUCACUUUCCUUUGUGAGAUCGGCUUUUACUAAAAUCCCAGAAAGGAGUUUUGUCUUCUCACCAUCUCUGCAACUUCUGUUAUUUACAGCAAAUACAUUUGAUGUCAUUAGCGGUGAUGCCUUCAUGGGCCUUCCUCAUCUAGAAUAUUUGUUUAUAGAGAACAACAACAUCAAGUCUCUUUCAAACACUUCCUUCCGAGGACUGAAAUCUUUAAUUCACCUGAGUCUUGCAAACAAUAAUCUCCAAACCCUCCCAAAAGACAUAUUCAAAGGCUUGGAUUCUUUAACAAAUGUGGACCUUAGAGGUAAUGCAUUCAAAUGUGACUGCAAAUUGAAGUGGUUGGUUGCAUGGGUGAGCAGAACAAAUGCAACAGUAGAGGACAUUUAUUGUGAAAGUCCUCCGGAAUAUAAGAAACGAAAAAUCAACAGCCUCUCUCCCAAUGAAUUUGAUUGCAUUAUUACAGAAUUUGUUGUUUUUCGGAAGCUGCCUUAUCAGUCACUAUCGGUGGACACAUUCUCGUUUGAGAAUGAUGAAUUUGUUGUCAUUGCCCAGCCUUUUACUGGAAAGUGUAUCUUCCUUCAAUGGGACCACGUGGAAGGGACUUUUAGAAAUUUUGACAACAUUACAGGGACGUCAGUGGUUGUAUGCAAGCCUGUCAUUGUCGAGAGAAACCUGUACAUCAUAGUUGCCCAACUCUUCGGCGGCUCCCAUAUAUACAAAAGAGACGUUAAUGCGAAUAAAUUCACUAAAAUUCAGGAUAUUGAGAUUCUCAAAAUCAGAAAGCCUAAUGACAUUGAAAUAUUCACGAUGGCGAAAGAAUGGUAUUUUGCAAUUGCAGACAGUUCAAAAGCUGGAAUCACCACUGUUUACAAAUGGAAUGGAAUCGGAUUUUAUUCUGACCAGUCUUUGCAUGAGUGGUAUAGAGAUACUGAUGUGGAGUACCUUGAAAUAGCUGGCAAACCUCACUUGAUCCUGUCCAGUAGUUCUCAGCACCCUGUCAUCUAUCAGUGGAACAAAGGAACAAACAAAUUUGUUGACCCUGUUGACAUUCCAGAUAUGGAGGAUGUUUAUGCCGUAAAGCACUUCACUGUGAAAGAUGACAUUUACGUUUGUCUAACAAGAUUCAUUGGCGAUUCCAAAGUAAUGAAAUGGGGAGGUUCAAAAUUUCUGGAUUUACAAAGGAUGCCAUCAAGAGGGUCAAUGGUAUUCCAGCCUCUUCAGAUAAAGAAUUAUCAAUAUGCCAUUCUUGGAAGUGAUUAUUCAUUUACUCAAGUCUAUUUCUGGGAGGCAGGAAAGGCCAAAUUUGUGAAGUUUCAGGAAUUAAAUAUACAAGCUCCAAGAUCUUUCACACACGUUUUUGUCGACAAGCAAGAUUUUCUCUUUGCCUCAAGCUUUAAAGGGAAUACAGUGAUUUAUAAACAUAUCAUAGUGGACCUAAGUGCGUGACACACAGAGAUUUUUGGAAUCUGUUGUGAGGCUUUCUCCAAUGAUAACAAGGACCUAAUGAACUAAAUGCAUGAUGAUGAUUCUCUUUACUUCCAGUCUGCGGAAUGCCUUUAACGGAUCAGAUUGCUAGAAUCAAAUACUACAAGUAUCUUCAUCCGUAAAUGUCACGUCUAGUGCUGUUGGGAAUUGCUUUUUUUUUUUAAAAGAAAAGACAAAUUAAAUCAUUAAUUAUUCUUUGCAGUCACAAUGGCUUGGAUCCAAAUUUAGUCAUGCUUAAAGUAGACCCGUUGAUAUCAAUAGUACAUAGUACAGUGAUGAGUAACUCAAGUCCCACUGAUUCCAGUGGGUCUAGUCUAAACAUGACUAAGGCUGCAUAUACACCAUACAUUUAGAGCACAUUUAAAGCACAUUCCCCUCGCCCAAGAAUCCUGGGAACUGCAGUUUAUCUUUCACAGAGCUACAAUUCCCAGCAUCCUUAACAAACUACAGCUCACAGGAUUCUUUGCUCGGGGGUGGGGGUCCUUAAAAUAUAUUGUGUGUAUGCAGGUAGUCUGGAUCCAGUGCUCUGUAAAUAUGUAGUGAAACUCCAUCUAUCUUGGGGGGGCGGGGGAUCCAAUAAGAUGUAAUUUUCCAUUCUUCACCUAUUUGAAAACUGCCAAAUAAAACGUUUACAUUUUC